AUGGACAUGGUAUUCUCAAGCCUCGAUGAUUGUUAUUCAAUGUAUGUUAAGUAUGCCAAGGAGUGUGGGUUUUCAGUCAGGAAAGGGACUACAAAGACAAACUCUAAAGGUGUCUUACAUAUUAAGUAUUACUUGUGUACGAGAUCUGGGUUAUACAAGGACAAGAAGGUUGAUACGUUGGACCCCAAUCAAAAGGAUCGAGUAGUGCGAUCAAACUUUUCAAAGAGGAAUAAUUGUGGUGCACUGUUAUGUAUACUUUUUGAGGCUGGAUCAUGGAAGGUGUAUAAGUUUGUCGAGGGGCAUAAUCAUGAUCUUGUUGAACGUCCUGAUAAGCAUUUUCUUCCAACUGAACGACACCUCACUCAGCUCCAGAAGCAUGUUAUACACAGCAUGUCUAAGCUGAAUUUGGGUCCCGUCAAGGCGUUUAAUGUUAUGAAGACUUGUUUUGGCGGCUGUGAAGACGCUUGUGCAAGUAAAGUUAAAUUUAAGAACUAUAAGAGGCAAAUUAACUUGUUUAUAGGGGAAUAUGACGCCGAUAUGGUUGUGAGACAUUUGAAUGAAAAAAAACAUUCCCAGCCUAAUUUCUCGUAUGAUUAUUUCACAGACGAAGAGAAUCGUUUGAAGGGACUUUUUUGGUGCGACGAUCAAGCCAAACUUCUCAUGGCGUUUUCAUAUGCAGAUACUUUAUGGUGUUUGUACCAUUCACUGGUUGGUGUUAGACAAUGCAAUUCCACCAAUUUUAAAGAACGUAUUUGUGGUGUUGUGUGGACGGAUAUUCUCACACCUGAAGAGUUUGAAUCAGAAUGGGAAGCGGUUAUCGCAAAGUUCAAUUUAGCAGAUAAUGACUGGCUAUCUGAUAUUUUUGCAUUUAGAGAAUCUUGGAUCCUUGCAUACAAUUGA